AGUUUCAUUUCCUGCUCUUGAAUAUCUGGCUGAACUACUUAAGCUUAAUUUGUUAAACCCCAGUAAGUACCUAUCCCACAUGAUUUGACUCAGAGAUUCUCUUUCCUCCACAGGCAGUCAUCUCAGGAGCAGAAAGAAGAGAGCUCCCAAAUGCUAUGUCUCUUCAGGGGCUCUCAAGAGCAAUGGAAUAUCAUCCUGAUUUAGAAAAUUUGGAUGAAGAUGGAUAUACUCAAUUACACUUCGACUCUCGAAGCAAUACCAGGAUAGCUGUUGUUUCAGAGAAAGGGACAAGGUCUCCCUGUGUUGCCCAGGCUGGUCUUGAGCUUCUGGCCUCAAGCAAUCCUCCUACCUCUGUCGACCUUCUGGGAUUACAGGAUCUUGUGCUGCAUCUCCUCCUUGGCGCCUCAUUGCUGUGAUUUUGGGAAUCCUAUGCUUGGUGAUACUGGUGAUAGCUGUGGUCCUGGGUACCAUGGCUAUUUGGAGACCCAAUUCAGGAAGCAACUCAUUGGAGAAUGGCUACUUUCCAUCAAGAAAUAAAGAGAACCACAGUCAACCCACACAAUCAUCUUUAGAAGAGAGUGUGACUCCUACCAAAGCUGUCAAAACCACAGGGCUUCUUUCCAGCCCUUGUCCUCCUAACUGGAUUAUAUAUGAGAAGAGCUGUUACCUAUUCAGCCUGUCACUAAAUUCCUGGGAUGGAAGUAAAAGACAAUGCUUGCAACUGGGCUCUAAUCUCAUAAAGAUAGACAGCUCAAAGGAAUUGGGAUUUAUAGUAAAACAAGUGUCUUCCCAACCUGAUAAUUCAUUUUGGAUAGGCCUUUCUCGGCCCCAGACUGAGGUACCAUGGCUCUGGGAGGAUGGAUCAACAUUCUCUUCUAACCUAUUUCAGAUCAGAACCACAGCUACCCAAGAAAACCCAUCUCCAAAUUGUGUAUGGAUUCAUGUGUCAGUCAUUUAUGACCAACUGUGUAGUGUGCCUUCAUAUAGUAUUUGUGAGAAGAAGUUUUCAAUGUAAGGGGAAGGGUGGAGGAGGAGAGAGAAAUAUGUGAGCUAGUAAGGAGGACAGAAAAAGGAGCAGAGAAGAGUAACAGCUGAGGUCAAAAUAAAUGCAGAAAAUGUUUAGAGAGCUUGGCGAACUGUAAUCUUAACCAAGAAAUUGAAGGGAGAGGCUGUGAUUUCUGUAUUUGUCGACCUACAAGUAGGCCAGUGUUAUUGUUCUACUUACUAAAUCCCUAGACACGGAAUCAGGGCAGCUAAGCUUGAAUUUUUUUUUUUUUUUUUUUUUUUUUUGAGAUAGGGUCUCACUUUGUCACCCAGGCUGGAGUGCGGUGGUACAAUCUCGGCUCACUGCAGCCAUCUCUUGCCCCAGCCCCCCAAGUAGCUGGGACUACAGGUGCAUGCCACCAUGCCAGGCUAAUUUUUGGUGUGUUUUUGUAGAGACUGGAUUUUGCCAUGUUGACCAAGCUGGUCUUGAACUCCUCAGCUCAAGUGAUCUGCCCACCUUGGCCUUCCAAAGUGCUGGGAUUACAGACAUGAGCCACCAUACCUGGCAGCAAGCUUGAAUUUUCAUUCUGCCAUUGACUUGGCAUUUACCUGGGGUAAACUAUAAGCAAGUCUUAAUUUCUGGCUCCAUCAGAGUUGUUUUUGUGCUCAACAAUGCCAUUGAUGCACAUGGUGUGUUGCCCUGAUUUGACCCUCAACUUCUAACAGUAUAUCAGAUAUGAACUGAGGGUGAACUAUAUUUCUGAGUAACGAAAUGAAGAAAUGGGAAAAAAUCUUCACCACAAUCAGAGCAAUUUUAUUAUUUUCAUCGAUCUGAUCAUAAUUACGAUUAUCAUCUUUAAAAAGCAGGAACUCCUUCUUUUUCUUUAUCAAUUAAAUAACCCAGAGAGUACAUCUGCCGUAUCUCUAAUAGAAUCUUGUAUAAUAUGUAAUUGUAGGGAAAUUGCUCUCAUAGGAAGGUUUUCUGCUUUUUAAAUACAAAAAUACAUAGAAAUACAUAAAAUCUGAUGAUGAAUAUAAAAAAGUAACCAAUCUCAUUGGAACAAGUAUUAACAUUUUGGAAUAUGAAACAUGUUUUAUUAGUUUUGUGAUAUACUGUUUUAUAAUUUUGACUUUUUAAAUUAAUUACUGUAAAAUGGUAUUAUUGGAAUGAAACUAUAUAUUUUCUCAUGUGCUGAUUUGUCUUUUUUUUUUCAUACUUUCCCACUGGUGCUAUUUUUAUUUCCAAUGGAUAUUUCUAUAUUACUGGUGAGGCAUUUACAAUCCUCUAAUGUUGAUUAAUAUGUGAAAAGAAAUUGUACCAAUGUCACUAAAUUAUUCACUUUAAAAUGGCUGUUUUUAUGUUAUGCGCAUUUCAUUUCAAUAAAAAAAA